ACUAGCCUGCGCCAUACACAUAUACCUUAACGCUAUGUCGCAAACUUUGAAAACACUUCUGUUCCUGGUUUGAAAGUGUUAUUCCUGCUUAAAUGUGUGGUAGGUACUUGGGGACUUGCUGUAAUAAUCAUAGUCUCGGAGAUACUUCGGUGAGUGUGGAGACCCUUUGGGAUUGGCUGCCUCUCUGCCUGCGCCCCAGUUCUGCCCAGCAGGAAGGCUCCUUGAGGCGGGCAAGAGGCGAAGCCUGGGGUGAGGCCCUUCCUCGGCGGGGAGGGCGCCCAUUGGCUGCCGGGUGCCAUCACCUGCCCGCUGGGUGGCCGCAGCAGGGGCAGAGCCCGGGCAGCGCGAGGCAGAGCGGCGGCAGCAGGAGCAGGAGGAGGAGGAGGAGCAGGAGUUCGUGCUGGGAAGAUGCCUCUGGGGCUGAAGGGCCGGCGGAGAGGCAAGUCCAAGGAGAGCUCCACGCUGGUGGACGGCGAGGCGCCUCUGGCCCGCGGGUGGCGAGGGGAAGACGAGGGCGGAGAGCCGGCCGCCGCUUCUUCCCGGCAGAGCCCGCUCCGGCUGGUUUUCCACACGCAGCUGGCCCACGGCAGCCCCACGGGGCGCGUGGAGGGCUUCGGCAGCGUCCGCGAGCUCUACGCCAAGAUCGCCGCCGCUUUCAACAUCGCCCCCGCCGAGAUAAUGUUUUGCACUUUGAAUACUCACAAAAUUGAUAUGGACAAGCUCUUAGGAGUUCAGAUUGGUCUCGAAGACUUUAUAUUUGCUCACAUAAAAGGAAUAAAAAAGGAAGUGCAAGUUUUCAAAUCUGAGGACUCACUCGGGCUUACCAUUACUGACAAUGGAAAUGGAUGUGCCUUCAUAAAGAGAAUUAAAGCAGGCAGCCUUAUUGACCAAAUAAAAGUUAUAUGUGUUGGCGACCACAUAGAAUCUAUCAAUGGAAAAAGCAUAAUUGGCUGUCGUCAUUAUGAAGUGGCUAAAAUUUUAAAGGACUUGGAAAAGGGACAGACAUUUAUGCUAAAAUUAAUAGAACCAAUGAAAUCAUUUGAUAUGAUUGAGCCAAGAUUAAAGGGUGGAGCUUUUGUAGAAGGGAAAAUCUCCAGAGGCAGAGAAACUCUUCGACUGAGAAACAAAGGACCUGCUACAGUGGAAGAAAUGCCUUCAGAUGUUGAAGAAAAGGCUAUCAAAAAAGUCGAUGAUCUUCUUGAAAUGUACAUGGGGAUAAGAGAUCUUGAACUAGCUGGGACAAUGGUAGAAGCCGGAAAAGGCAAAAAGAACCCUGAUGAGUUUGCAGUUGCACUUGAUGAAGCUUUGGGAGACUUUGCAUUUCCAGAUGAAUUUGUCUUUGAUGUGUGGGGAGCCAUAGGAGAUGCAAUGCAAGGGCGAUUUUAAAGAGAAUGUCAACAUUCUGGGGACAUAAAACAUAUGGCAACAAACACGACACAAAAUUCAAAGCAAGUCCAAAAAAGGAGAAACCUUUGAAUAUUCAGAAGCUUGCAUAAAUAAUGACACUGUUUGAAAAUGACACAGAUAUAUUGCAAAAUAAAGCUGGGUUUAGUACUGUACUCAUGUGAAGCUUUUAGAAUGCUACAGAAAUCAAUUUGAAAUCUUCAUGUGAAAUCUUCAAAAAGCUCCAAAUUACUGGGGCUGUUACUCUGCCUUGGUAUUUUUCUAAAGUAAUGUGGGCAGUAGUUCUAGAGGUCAUUGUUGACAAUCCCAUAAAAUUUGUAUAAUAUUUCUGAUCAUGAAAAUAAUUUUUCUGGGAGUUGCUACAUUCAAGGAAAAUGUUUCUGAAGAAUUAUAUUGUUAACACAGAUUUGAUAUUUUGUUAUUUUCCUAUAGUAACUACAGUGGGCAUGAUGAUCUGUUUCCAGCAUUUAAUUCCACUGCAACAGGCUAUUAUACUUGGGGAUGUAUGGACAUUAAAAGAAGGUCAUAGUAUAAAUCAUGACUCAGGGGACAUAAAUCAGCAGUGAUGGUGUACACACUUUGAACAUACUAAGCUAUUGAAGAAUAGCACAGGGAUCUGGGAAUCACAUGGUGUAUUGGUUUGGAUAUUGGACUAUGACUCUUGAGACCAGGGUUUGAAGCUCUAUUCAGCCAUGAAAACCCAUUGUAUGACUCUGGGCAAGUCACAUAUUUGCAGCCCCAUAAACUCUGGUCAUUUUCACUUAAAGGCUACCAUACAUUGGAAAUUAUUUGAAGGCACACAACAAAAAUAACAGAGUUCUUAGAGCAUUUCCAAAUAUUUUCAUGCGUUUGAGGUGAACAUUGUCCCAAGUUAUUUCAAAAACAUUUUGAGGGGGGCGGGAGCUUAGGAAGACAGAUGGAGAGGGUUUUGUCACCACUAAUAUGGAGUUAAGGGGCUGGAUGUGGCUGAUUAGCUGCUCUAUACCCACCCAGUAUUAAGUCCUUGCUCAGCCCCUGAAGCCUCUAGUUCUGCGGUUCCUAACCUUUUUCGGGUUGCGACCUCAUUUCAUAGAGGCCUAAGACCCUGAUACAUUAAAAAUAGGCUUUAUACAAGGGUAAAUUAAACACAUAGAAAAUAGAUUUUUCAGUAUAAUCUAAUUCAAAAUAAUGUUAACAUCUGACAUACUUUAUGCAAUGAUUGAAACUGUAACUCAUUAACAAGCUUAAAAAUUCAAAACCGAACUGUACAUGAACCUGGACCUCAACAAACUAAUCUGACAAAUGAAAGAUUUUUACAUGUUUACACAAACAAAUCUCUGUGUAAGACACAAUGACAUGAAUUUUUGUUUUCCCUUUUACAAAUUUUCAUAGCUCACUAUUGCCUGGCAACCCUGCAGAAAAGCCUUUGUGACCCCAUUUGGGGUCAUGACCUAUGAGUUGGGAACCACUACUCUAGAUAAAGGUCUUCAGAUGGGGUUGGAAUAUCUUGGAUAUCAAAAACUGCUGUCAAUCAGAAUCGACAGUACUUAGAAUCACAGAGUUGGAAGAGACCACAAGGCCCACCCAGUCCAACUUCCUGCCAUGCAGAAAAAAACCAACCAAAGCACUCCUGACUGGUGGUCAUUCAGCUUUUGUUUAAAAAUGUCCUUAGCAGCAGAAAACAAGCGGACUCCAUCAUCAAUAUGACAUCCUUUCACAUAUUUAACAAGUUUACUAUCUGUUGGAAUAAAAUGAGAUGGUCUUAUUUUUAAAGAGUACUAGUCAAAGAAAGUCUGUGUUCUGUGAUUGUAUUUUAAUGUAGAAAAGCCGUAGAAAAUGGGCACUGCCCACAAGUGAUUUUUCAGUCAGUUUUCACAGUUCCCAGUUUUCACAAGAAAAAAUGGCUAAGGAAUAUAUCUCAAAUUUGAAAAUAUCAUUUGAUUAUCUUUUUAUACCAACACCAUUCCAAAUCAUACAUUACAAAAAUAGCAACUCUAACUUUUCAUUGCUACUACAGAUGAGUUUCAUCGGGAGUGGGUGAUAUCUUUCUUUUCCAGUGUUGUAAGGUGGUAUCUCAUAGUAUACUCCACUGCUAUAUUGCUCAGGGUUGAUGAAAUUGGCAAUCCAAUGAAAACCUUGUCUACUGUGAUUUAGAUGAAUGUGUUAUUAUGAAAUAAUUUUGGAAAAGCUCUUGUGCUAGUUCUGCAGUACCAAUUCUUCAUGUCCCCUUGUUGCGUCAUCCCUCAGUGCCGAAUAAAAAUCAGUUUCAGAGGGCCUCAAAGCUCCUAGGAGAAAGUUGUUGGGAUGCACCAAGGGUGGUGUGAUCAAGCAUUUCAUUUUGCACAUAGUGUAAAAAUCCCUCACUUUAAAUCCUUUUUACUAUUGUUUGUUAUAAAUCAUUAAAAAAAUCUUAACAAAAACCUAUAUUUACUUAGCUUCACAUAUGUUUUGGGAGUUUGGUUAGGUGUUGUCGCUGAACUGCAGUGAAAGUUAAAGAAACCUUUUAGAUAAUUGUGCUAUUUUCCCCCUACAAACUGUUUCUACUUAAGCAAGAAUUGAAUAAAAGCCUAUUUUUAUGCUA